GCGCAGAUUGCCUGGCUUGACGAUGGUCGUUCUUCUUGCUUAUUGCUCAGCCUCAAUACUUUAGGCAGUGACGGACUUGUUCCUUAUACUCUUUGGCUUCCUCCAACUCGCUGUCUUGUCUUCACCGACAUAUACUCUCGUUGCGUCCUUCGUUCAUCAGAGUCCAGCACUCAUUCGGCCUGCACUGCUUUGUCAUAACAUAGAUACCCAUUUGUACAGUACUUAAGACAUUGGAAGAUCAAGCAUACCUAGGUACCAUGAAAGUAUCAGCCUGAACAACAAGAAAGGAGGAAAAGAGGAGGAACCAAGCCAUCACCCUCGGGAGCCACCACAACCAUGCGCCUACCACUCUCUCUAUCCCUCAGCAUCCUCUGCCUCCACACCCUCCCCGUCCUCUCGCAAGUAACCUCGACCGUCGAGGUCAUAGCCACAACCAUCACAAAUUACUACACCAUGGCAGCACCCACGCAACCUCUGUCUGCCCAGUACACAAACAAUAUGGACUUCCGCACCUCCAUCCUCAACUCGACAAACUUCUACCGCUACGAACACUCUGCAUCCUACAUCUACUGGAACGACACACUUGCCCAGUAUGCGCUCGACUACUCAAAGAAUUGCGUCUGGGAACAUUCGCACGGUGCUUAUGGCGAGAACCUGGCCCGCGGAUAUACCAACGUGAUCGAGGCGGUCGACGCAUGGGGCAACGAGCGCGCAGAAUACAAUUUCAACACCAGCGAUCCAACGGGUUUCACCGAAGAGACGGGCCAUUUCACCCAGCUUGUGUGGAAGAGCACGCAGGCCACGGGGUGCGGGUGGACGAAUUGUGACGGCAAGAACGGGCUGGACGGCAUAUUUCUGGUCUGUGAAUACUGGCCGGCGGGCAAUAUCGUGGGCCAGGACAAUUUCUAUUUCAAGCAGAACGUCGCAAGGGAGAGGAGCGCGGGAGAUUCUGGAUUCAACGAGGAAGCCGCCACGCAAGGAGCCACUGGCGGUGUCCCGAGUUCGACCAGUGCGAAUCCGAGUGCCAGUGCGACGAACGCCGGUGGAGAAUCGCUGGGCAGCCCCAACGUCGAAGUCGGCGUGAGUAGGGUGUUCGCUACAGUGUGUGUUACGAUUGCUGCUGUCUUGUUUGGUUGGGGGAUGUCAUGAGCACCAAUCUUGCGACGAAGAAUGAUUUGUUUGAACUUGCGCAUAUUCUGAGCGUUGAGCAUAUAUUGGAAUUUACGAUGAGAUCUGCUUGUUUGCAGGAGGUAGAGGUGCACCCCCUCUAGGAUACCCAGAUGAGGAAACAUACACAAGAAGAGAAUCAGAUAAAGCGAAGGACAUGUGCUCGCGAAUUGCAGCCUGUACUCGUACAGCGUGGUACCGAUGUACAUCUUACAUCUUGCGCAGAUUAUGAUGAUAUAAAUCCCAAGAAACCAGUGAAGGAUGAUACUACACAUACGAAAGAACUGAAC